GCCGCGGCCGGCGCUGGAACCGCGGCUCGCCGCCUGCUCGGCCGGGCGUUGGGGACCGGAGACCGAGGCUGCCGGGAGGUGACAGCGAGCGGCCGGGCGGCCUGGGAGAGAGCGGCGGGAGGCGCGAGGACCGGCUCAGGGUGUCCGGGCCAUGCGGGCCGGGCGGCUGCGCUGAGCGGAGGCCGAGCCCGGGACGCGCCGAGUGACUGCGGGGCCGCGGGGCCAUGGAUGCGGCGGCGGCGGCAGCGGCGCGGGACGGCGGGAGCCCGGCCGCGACCAGGUGAGGAGGCGGCGUCCGGCGCCACUGCAGCCCGCGGCGGCCUCGGAGGAAGAGGACUCGCCGCCUCGCGCCCGUCGUCGCAGCCCUUCCUGUUGGGAUUAUCUCCUGCUCUCCGCUCCUUCGCACUCCGCGAUCGAAGCCGCCAGCGGCUCGGACCCCUUCCCACCCGGUGCCUCCGCUACCCCGGGGGCCUCGAGGAGACAGACAGACCCCCCCUGGGCGGCGAGACCAUGAGGAAAUUCAACAUCAGGAAGGUGCUGGACGGCCUGACCGCAGGCUCGUCCUCGGCCUCGCAACAGCAGCAGCAGCAGCAGCACCCGCCUGGGAACCGGGAGCCCGAGAUCCAAGAGACGCUCCAGUCUGAACACUUCCAACUCUGCAAGACUGUUCGCCAUGGAUUCCCCUAUCAGCCCUCAGCUCUGGCCUUUGAUCCAGUACAGAAGAUCCUGGCAGUAGGAACUCAGACUGGUGCUUUAAGGCUCUUUGGUCGUCCAGCAGUGGAGUGUUAUUGCCAACACGACAGUGGAGCGGCAGUAAUUCAACUCCAGUUCCUGAUUAAUGAGGGAGCCCUCGUGAGUGCCUUGGCUGAUGACACCUUACACUUGUGGAAUUUACGUCAGAAAAGGCCUGCCAUACUACAUUCCCUCAAAUUUUGCAGAGAAAGGGUUACAUUUUGCCAUCUGCCUUUCCAGAGUAAGUGGCUCUAUGUGGGCACUGAACGAGGUAAUAUCCAUAUUGUCAACGUGGAGUCCUUCACACUCUCAGGCUAUGUCAUUAUGUGGAAUAAAGCCAUUGAACUGUCGUCUAAAUCUCACCCAGGCCCUGUUGUCCAUAUAAGUGAUAAUCCCAUGGAUGAGGGGAAGCUUUUGAUCGGCUUUGAGUCUGGAACAGUUGUCCUCUGGGACCUCAAGUCGAAGAAGGCGGACUACAGAUACACGUAUGACGAGGCUAUUCACUCUGUGGCUUGGCAUCAUGAAGGAAAACAAUUUAUUUGCAGUCAUUCUGAUGGUACUUUGACCAUAUGGAAUGUGAGGUCCCCUGCUAAACCUGUACAGACCAUCACUCCUCAUGGAAAACAGCUAAAGGAUGGGAAGAAACCAGAGCCAUGCAAGCCGAUCCUCAAGGUGGAGUUCAAAACGACUAGAUCUGGGGAACCUUUCAUUAUUUUGUCGGGGGGCUUGUCCUAUGACACUGUGGGAAGAAGGCCUUGCUUAACCGUGAUGCACGGGAAAAGCACGGCUGUGCUGGAAAUGGACUAUUCAAUUGUUGACUUUCUCACUCUCUGUGAAACACCAUACCCAAAUGAUUUUCAAGAACCAUAUGCUGUGGUUGUUCUUCUGGAAAAGGAUUUAGUACUGAUAGACCUUGCACAAAAUGGAUACCCUAUAUUUGAGAAUCCCUACCCUUUGAGCAUACACGAGUCCCCUGUUACAUGUUGUGAAUAUUUUGCUGAUUGUCCUGUGGACCUCAUUCCUGCACUUUAUUCUGUUGGAGCUAGACAGAAACGUCAAGGCUACAGCAAAAAGGAAUGGCCCAUCAAUGGAGGUAAUUGGGGCUUGGGUGCUCAAAGUUACCCAGAAAUAAUUAUUACAGGGCAUGCUGAUGGGUCAGUUAAGUUCUGGGAUGCUUCUGCAAUAACUCUACAAGUACUAUAUAAAUUAAAAACGUCUAAAGUAUUUGAAAAGUCAAGAAAUAAAGAUGACAGACCAAACACGGACAUUGUAGAUGAAGAUCCAUACGCCAUUCAGAUCAUCUCCUGGUGCCCAGAGAGCAGAAUGCUGUGCAUAGCUGGAGUGUCAGCUCAUGUCAUCGUCUAUAGAUUCAGCAAACAGGAAGUAGUUACAGAAGUCAUUCCGAUGCUUGAAGUUCGACUGUUAUAUGAAAUAAAUGAUGUGGAAACGCCAGAGGGUGAGCAGCCGCCACCUUUGUCCACCCCCGUGGGCAGCUCCAACCCUCAGCCCACUCCUCCUCAGUCUCAUCCGUCCACCAGUAGCAGCUCAUCUGAUGGGCUUCGUGAUAAUGUACCUUGCUUAAAAGUCAAAAGCUCACCACUUAAACAGUCUCCGGGUUAUCAGACAGAGCUAGUUGUUCAGUUGGUGUGGGUGGGUGGAGAACCCCCACAGCAGGUCACCAGCCUGGCACUCAAUUCUUCCUACGGGCUUGUGGUUUUUGGCAACUGUAACGGCAUCGCGAUGGUUGACUACCUCCAGAAGGCAGUACUGCUCAACCUCAGCACCAUAGAACUGUACGGCUCAAAUGAUCCUUACCGAAGAGAACCCCGGUCGCCUCGGAAAUCGCGCCAACCUUCAGGAGCAGGCCUGUGUGACAUCACUGAAGGAACUGCUGUCACAGAGGAUCGCUGCAAGUCUCCAACCUCCGGUUCUUCAUCACCACACAAUUCAGAUGAUGAGCAAAAAGUGAAUAAUUUUAUAGAAAAGGUGAAGACCAAAAGCAGAAAGUUUUCCAAGAUGGUAGCCAGUGAUCUAGCAAAGAUGUCAAGGAAAUUAAGCUUGCCAACUGACCUAAAGCCCGAUUUAGAUAUAAAAGAUAAUUCCUUCAGCAGAUCGCGGAGUUCAAGUGUAACCAGCAUUGACAAGGAAUCCCGAGAGGCCAUCUCUGCUCUUCAUUUCUGUGAAACUUACGCUCGGAAGGCAGACUCUUCCCCGUCCCCAUGUCUGUGGGUGGGAACCACGCUGGGAACAGUGUUCAUCAUCACCCUGAACCUUCCUCCAGGGCCCGACCAAAGACUCCUUCAGCCAGUGAUUGUGUCUCCAAGUGGUACUAUAUUGAGGUUAAAAGGUGCAAUCUUGAGAAUGGCAUUUCUGGAUGCCACGGGCUGCUUAAUGCCACCUGCGUCCGAACCCUGGAAAGAGCACAACGUUCCCGAAGAAAAAGACGAAAAGGAGAAGCUGAAAAAGCGGCGCCCUGUCUCAGUGUCCCCCUCCUCUUCUCAGGAAAUUAGUGAAAACCAGUAUGCAGUGAUAUGUUCUGAAAAGCAAGCUAAGGUCAUCUCACUGCCAACCCAGAACUGUGCGUACAAGCAGAACAUUACUGAGACAUCCUUCGUGCUUCGUGGAGAUAUCGUGGCACUGAGCAACAGUGUCUGCCUCGCCUGCUUCUGCGCCAACGGCCAUAUUAUGACUUUCAGUUUGCCAAGCCUAAGGCCUCUGUUGGACGUCUACUACUUGCCCCUUACGAACAUGCGGAUAGCCAGGACCUUUUGCUUCACCAACAAUGGACAAGCAUUAUACCUUGUUUCGCCUACAGAAAUCCAGAGACUCACCUACAGUCAAGAGACGUGUGAAAAUCUUCAAGAGAUGCUGGGUGAGCUCUUCACUCCUGUAGAAACACCGGAGGCACCCAACAGAGGUUUCUUUAAAGGCCUGUUCGGAGGUGGCGCACAGUCUCUGGAUAGAGAAGAGCUAUUUGGAGAGUCAUCCUCAGGAAGGGCCUCGAGGAGCCUUGCACAGCACAUCCCGGGUCCUGGUGGCAUUGAAGGUGUGAAAGGAGCUGCAUCUGGAGUUGUGGGUGAAUUAGCCCGAGCCAGGUUGGCUUUGGAUGAAAGAGGGCAGAAGCUUGGUGACUUGGAAGAGAGAACUGCAGCUAUGUUAUCCAGUGCAGAUUCGUUUUCUAAACACGCUCAUGAGAUGAUGCUGAAAUACAAAGAUAAAAAGUGGUACCAGUUCUGACAACCAGAGUCUAAUAAAACCAGUUUCAGCCAGAAGGAGGAGGCAGUUUCCUUGUUGCGGUCACUGGUGUACUGGGGAAAGAACACAAGCGGGAAGCGCGUUGCUGAAAACCGUCCCCUCCCAGCACAGCCAUGCACUGUCUUACCUCAGUCUCACGGUUCCCUGAGAACUCACGCGUGCGGACUGCAGCAUAUGGCGUGUGCUGGCUGUGAGAUGACAACGGAGAGCUUAGCGGGGUCCCAUUCUCAGAUGGAAAAUCCAAAGGGAUGUGGAGAAGUCCUUGGAUCAUUCCUGUAUUAAACUUUCAUAUGCCAAAAGAUUUUGUGCCGUGGUAUCUGCCAUCAGUGUUUUAUCCGAUGUGGAGAGAGGCAAUAAAUGAGAAGUUCUAAGUCUGAAAUGGUCAUACUUGUGUCGGGACUGAAUUAUGCACAGCUGUCUGGACUCGCCCUCUCUCAGGCAGACUGGCCAUCAGUAUCAUUAGUGAAAAACAACUAACUGUCCCCUAAUCUUUAGACUGUGCUGAAUGGUGGCUUUCAGUAAUCUAAGCAUACACACGCUUGUGUAUGGGAUCCUCUUCAGUUCUCGUUACUGUAUAUUUGUGUUCCGUUCCUAUGUUUUCAGAAGCAAACAAGGUGAUAUAUCACUUUUCAUGGAAAAGUGUAACGCAUGACUGAAUCGCUCAUCUUCUGAGAGUUUCCAUGUAGUGGCCAUGCGGUGUGGAAAGUAAGAAACCCUCCAUUGUGGUGAGGAGAAUUCUUCAGUGUCCUUUGUCCUCGUUCACAUUAAUUCAGCUAAAGGUAGAUUUGACCAAAAGAGUUACUGUUUAAAUUUGUAGAAAAGUUGAAAUUGGCUACGUUUUUAAUUUUGCUUGAAUUUUUAUAAAAUGUUCAACCAAAUGUACCCUUGCAUUAUUUAAUUAAAGUUGCUAAAACAACAAUGUUUCAUCAUUUCAGUAAAGUGCUCAGCUCCCCUUUUAAACUGUCCUGUAUUUGCUAACAAUUCCGGUCCACUCAGGUGAUGAGCCAGUUAAAUCUUAACGCACAUUGCUGCUGCAUGGAAGACUGCAAGCCUCUUUUGUCAGUAAUUGUCCCAGAGUCUAGUCUAAUGACCUACAAAAUAUCUCCUAUAGAAAUACAUUGCAAAUCUGUACAUAUCCUUUCGAAAUACUAAAAGCAAAAAGGAAAGGAAAGUAUGAUCACUUCAGUAACAUGAGGGGAGCUGUGUAUUAAAUGGCAGACGCCGGUCGGUUCCUGCAAUGGCAUUGCAGCCUAGAAAGGAAGACGCCUGUUAUACACAGUUGGAGGAUGUAAUUGUUAAAGCCACAAAGGAAGAAGUGAAGUGGGAGCGUGGUAUUUAUAUAUUGUCUUCUAUGAAAGUCUACACUGAAAUAAGCAGGGCUCGAACUGAUGGGAGCCUGCGUGUUUUCUCCUCCAUGUGAUGUGUGAAGAUCCCUGUAAGACAUCUUCAGUUCCGCAGCCUAUCACUCACCUGUUCCUCUUUCGCUAAGAAUUCUUUUGUUUACAUUUUAUAAUGUGCACUACUGGAUAUGAAAGUUUACAUCAAAGUUUAUUUUAAAUAGCAUCAAGUAAAGAUUAGAUUUAUGUGGUAGAGAACUGAUCAAGACUGAUCAAAAUGUUUUGUAACUGCAAUCAUUUUUAAAAGUUUCUCAAUCUGUAGAAGGUGAAUAAUAUUUCAUGUCUAUUUCAUGUCUAUGCUCUGAGCAUUUGGCAGCUUACAAAUUGCUUAAUUUGCAUUAUACAUUGUCCACUAAACCCAUGUCCCAUGAUACCUCAUAGGAAGAGUUGUGUCCUUUUUAAAGGGUGCAGUUUUAUGAAUACCAAUAGUGGAGACUUUUGCAAGGGUGAAGAGUACUAACAUAGCCUAAGACACUGCUUGACUCUGCGUGGAGCCUCACCUAUUUAUCUGUUGUAUUAUUUGUGUAUCGAAUUCCUUUCUAUUUUAGCUGAUGUAAAUAAAAUGAAUCAAAGUUGUAAUUAUUUAUUAGUAGAGAAGUAGAUGUGUUUACCUGAGAUGGAUUUUAUAAGAUCAUCCUAAUGCAUUAUUUUAAAUCAUUCGUUUCUUAUUUUAAUUAAUCUACAUAUUGUGCACAACAACCUAAGAGACUAGAUUAGAAAGUACAAAGUAUUUUUGAAUAAAGAAAAUGAUCUUCCCAAGCUGUGCUUGAUUCUGUAAAUAAAACAGUCUGCAGUACCGGCCCAGGGCACUGACUACUGCAACCUGAGAUGGCCUGCCUCCCCCAACCCACUCCUGUCUUUUUUUGAUGCAAAAAGAAGUAGUCACCAGCAAGCCAAAGUUUCAGGAAUUCUAACAGCAACAACAAGAGGUAAAAAUAAAAAAUAUCAGAAAAUGAAAUGUGUGUGCACAUGCAUGUGUGCUGUGUGUGUGUGUUUGUCUUCUCUGCGCCCUCAGCACUGAUCACAUUUGUCUUUGAUUCUGAAAUUCAAGUAUUCUGCAAUUAACAUUAUUAACAGGAAGAGAUUUCUCUAUAUGUACCACAUGCCCAGUUCAUUUCAUCUUCAAACUAAAAUCAAUCUGUGUUUGUUUAGAAUACUGUCCUUUAAAGUAUUUCAUUUUGUCAAAAUCUUUAUCUCUGUUUGAAAUAUGGCAUCACCUUAACACUCACUCACAUUCCAGACAUACUGUGUUUCAAAAAAUUUGAUUAUGGAUUUUAAAAACAAAACCUGUUCCUCUAGAUUUGAGGUUUUCGUGGAAUAAUACUGCUAUGUCCACCUGUCAUUCUGUGCGAGUAGACUGCAGAGUCAGCAGGACAUUUCUUAAAGAAGCAUCUACUGAGAACUUAGCUCAGGUAGACAACAAGUGUGCAAAACAAGCCUGAAGUGUGCAGAUGUUUAGGAUGAGGCACUGCCGGGAGACAGCCGAGGACUGGGGGAUUCGUUCCACGGUUAUCCUGAGUUCUGUAUUCAAAUCUGCUUUGCCCAAGGGUUUCGCAUGUGACAUUAGUAAAGCUAUCUCCAAAGGGAACAUUUUUUUUGUGGCAAAGACUUAUUUUAAUGGGAGAUUUUGUUUAUUUGUUUCUGCAAAAUAAAGAGCACUGAACUUUAAACUUGAAUUUUUCUGCACUUUUUUAGGUAAUGACUUAUUUGUCAUUUAAUCUGCAUUUUCAGUUUAAAUCGAAUGAUGUGUGUAUGAAACAUACCAAAAUCAUGACUAUGCUGCUAGCUGCACCUGAAACCUAUCAGUUUUAAAACCUUUAAUAGGGUUUUAUAUAGCUUUUGAAGAUUAAAAACAAAUGAAAUUAUUUGCUGUACAUUUCGGUGUUCUUGGUCUGUGUUGCGACACUUUCAGGGCUGCUUUCCGGUCACACACACGUCAUCUUUAUACACUGCUAGAGAAAGUACGUUUAGUUUUAGAUAAGUUUUUAUAAAUGUUUUCUUUAAUUUUAAAAAUGAUGAACUUGUUAAAUCGAAGUACUUAGAAAGUAUGUAUAUUAUCCAUACAAGAAGUUAUGUUUUACACUUAUAAUAAGAAAUACUGAUAUCUCCUAUAGAGAUACAAUUAAGUUUUAGAAGUCAUGCAGCAUUGACAAGUCUUCAUACAUGACAAGAUACAAUUAUAGAGUUUCUUUUUAAAAAAAAAGACUGCUGAAUAUUUUCAAAUACUGAUUUUAUUUUUGAGGGAAAAUGUUCACAACAAUAAUUUCUAUAACUUUAUCUGUAGUUUCAGCUUGCUGUUGGUUGCCUAACUUAGCUAUUGUUUUAAUAUAUAUAUAUAUUGAAAAUGAUUAUUCAGAUAUUUUCUUCUACCUUUUUUAAAAAUAAAUAUCCAAAAAUAGGAACAGAGCUUAUGUAUUUUUGUCAAUGAAGGGUUUUUAUUUUGUGUUUUAUAGAAUUUGUUCUUUAUCAGUUUAAUAUUUAAUAUCUCUAGGCUUUUUAAUCUCUAUUUGCCUUGAAAAGAAUAUGCCUAUGUAUUCUUUCUCGUUUUCUGUUUUUUCUUUUUUUUUUUCCAGCGUUUGUUCUGGGUUGACAUUAAUGCCCACGUGUGCUUCUGAUUUGGAAAUGAGUAUGGGGUUGCUGGGGUCUGCAGCGGCUCUCUCCUCGGGGCCUGCUUGCACAGUGCCGUGGGCAUCACCGCUGUCUGCCUCAGAUGCUGUGAAGGUUCUGUGGACAGAAAACAGUUGUUUCAGCUGGCGGGGAAAACUGGAGCUGAGCUUUCCUGAGGAAGUAAAUGGUUUUAGUAACUUCCCAGUUAUGGGUCUUAAGUUACCGGUUCAUUCUUAAAUUAGAUGCCAUCACCAGAGCUGCUUAGGAGAUGUCCUGUGUCUGUUUCUCGGAGGAAGCAUGAAUGUACUUUGCCAAUAUUUUUCAGCGAGACACGUAGUUUAAAGUUAAUGUUUUUCAUCUGUAAGAUGUAAAUAAAUACUGUCAAUUCCUUCACUGUAGGUCAUUUGACUCAGGCAUUUAAAAACAGGUGUAGGUCAAUUGCUGUGAAGUUCUAUUUAUGUAAUUGUGGGUUUUGAUGUUUUGGGUUUUUUUUUUAAAUAUCAUUUGUAUUUUAUCUAAAUCUUGCUUCGAUUAAAGACAAUGUAAUGAGUUUCAAACAAACUUAACUUAUCAAUGGAAAUAGCAUAAAGAUGAGAAAUAGUGACUUGAUUUCUGUGUGUCUGUGAAUAGUUAUGGGGGAUACUUUAGAUGUGGCCUCUGCUCAACAUGGUAGCUAGAACUGGGGUGGGGAGUUACACCAUUGGUUCAUUGUAAAUGUGUUUUCAAAGAAAAAGCAUUUUAAAAGACAGAUUUAGUUUCCUAGCGUUGUCCACAUUGAGGAUGAGCAUGUUUGGUCCAGAGUGCUCGCCUAUGUGCAAACACCAUGUGUGCUGUUCAGCUGAUGCAUCCUCUCUUUAUGUCUGCUCAGUCCAGCAACUCGGAGAUAAUUACUAGAAUAUGCUUUCCAAGUAUUUUUAAUUAUCUAUGUAUUGUUUCGUUUUUUAAAUAGCACUAUCGCAAAUGCUAAAAAUGUCUUGAAAGUUUGUAGUUAUUUGCAUUCCUGUAACUUAAUAGAAAAAAAACUUGUCAUCACAGCCAAAAGGUUCAAAAUUAAGUAAUGAAAUAUUUUUUUGUAAAUAAAUACCAUUAUGCUGGUAUUUUAAGAAUGUAUUACGAAUUAAUUUUUCUGGAAAAUGUUCAUAUAUAUGUAUAUGAAUUCUGCUGAAGGGCUCUGAUUGGGCUAAAUAAAAUACUCA